GUAGCGUGCAGGCUCAUUCUGUCGCCUUCGCAUGCCUGCUGGCAGGCAUCAUUCAAGGGCUGCCUUUGGACAAGGACUUGUCAUGGAAGGUCUAUACGCAGGCAGGUGACCCUUUACCUUUCUCUUCCGUCCACAGUGACAAGGACCAUGACGCAGAGUAUGGAGACUACACAGAGCCUGACUCCUUACUUUGGUUUGGGAUGAUUGCAGAAGGUACCAAGAAUGUUGGCAAGAAUAUUGAGCCAGCGCAUCGUGGUGUGGAGCUCUAUGGGAAGUUCUGUGCAUUUUACGGAGUCCUUGGCUCAGCAUACUAUUGCGCGGCUCGUUUCCCCGAGGACUUUGAAAAGGCCAUGCUGUGCAGCUUGAAUGGAGGCGGACAAAACACCAUGCGCAGCAGCUUAGUUGGAGCACUGCUCGGCGCACGCGUGGGCCUCAAGAGCAUUCCCAAGCGCUUCAUCCAGGGUUUAGAGGACCAUGAAAACAUCGUUGCCUUGGCCACGCACGUGGCGCAAGAUGCUUUGGAUCGGGUCACGUCCUCCGAUGGUUGGCGAUGGCCGAAAGGUGAGGAAAAACUGCCGGCGAUAGGGGUCAAGAAGCAGUCUGAGUAGAGCCAGAGUUCUUCCACCAGACCAAAGCCUCAGAUGAAUUUUUCGCUUAGCUCGUUGGAAUCGAGCGAAGACAGGCUGGAGAGGGCUCAAUGAAUCGAGGAUCAAUACCCCGGAGACGUGGAAUCAUAACGCCCCAAACCUGUUUCACCCAACCUCUUUAUAGACAUGAUCCACAUAAAGAUUCAACAACUUCGUAGCCGUGUCUUUACCUCCCAAACCUCCAGAUCACCGUGGGAAGAUCCAAGUCGGACUGCGCAGCAUGCAACGGUUCCGUCGGACUGCAAAACCAGGCGGAACUUGAAGAAAAAGAACGGCCACAGAUGUUGGUUGAGCGCCAUGAAUCGCAUUUUGUUGGAAGGGUGCUUCUUGAUGAGUGCUUGUAUCAAUCCCAGACACUUCA